ACGGAAUACACCCUGGGCCAAAACGUUGCCCUCGAUUCCAAGCAUCACGUUUGGUUGAGGCGCUUUACUGCGCCACCACGCACAGGUAUUCGUGGCGCUCUCACAUCCGCAACCAUUGCGGAUCUUGAGGUCGCCGCGCCGGAGCAGGCAGAGGAUCCUGCUGCAGCUCCGGCGCGUGGCGUCAAGUUCAAGUUCUCCGAAGGGGAGAAAGUUUUGUGCUACGAGCCCGACUCCUCAAAAGCCAAAGUACUCUACGACUCUAAGGUAUUGGAGCUUGUGGUUGGCAAGGACGGUCGAGGCCGCAAGAUGCCCGAAUACCUAAUUCAUUUCAGUGGCUGGAGCAGCAGCUGGGAUCGCUGCGUUGCAGAAGAGUUCAUAUUGCCUAACACCUUAGAAAACAGGAAGUUGAAGAAAAAGCUAGCGGAGGAAGCAGCACAGAAACUGCUUCAAACAAGUAAAUCAAAGAAACGUAAGGUUCCUGCCAUACUGAAAGAAACUCUCGACAGAAAACUGCGUGGAAGGGGCAGGAAAGAACGAAGCAACAGUGCUUCGAGUAGUGGCGGUGAAGAGUCCUCGUCACAGUCGGACUCCUCAGAGCAGCAAGGUGGUGACUCCGACGAAGAAAAGGAUAGUGAGGAGGAACCAGAGGAAAUUGCGACAGAUUACAACAUUGAAAUUCCCAAGAUUCUCCGAAAGACAUUAGAGGAUGACUGCCACAACAUCACUGUUAGAAAAAAGCUUGUCCAUCUGCCAUGCACGCCUGACGUGGUUGACAUGCUGGAGGGCUAUCUGAAACACUAUGCUGCAAAGCUAAGACUUACAGCCGCCAAAAAUGCCAAAGGCAACACUUCACGUCAGCCACCCCUCGAUCCAUCAGAACUGGAAUCAAGGUUUUCGUUGUGUAAGGAAGCGAUGGAUGGACUGCGGAUUAUAUUUUCUUCCACCUUGUCCAACUCGCUGCUGUACAACGAGGAGAAGGCUCAGCAUAAGUUGGUAACGUCUUUUUGCCGCCCCAUCCGGAUUUCUCGGUCGACAACAACCAGCCGACCAAAUGACACGGCAAGUUCUACUGAAGCAAGCCUUUUAAACAUGGCGCCAGACGUUGCAACCACGGUGAAGUGCCGGUCUCGUAAAAGCCUACAUGGCAACCCCGAUUCCAAGGGCACCUCUUCUUCUCCAAGGCGGAAGCGAUCUGCAAGUCCGCCAGAAAAACGCAGCUUGCGUGCUGUGGAUCCAAAUUCUGCGUGGAACAACUCUCCUGCCAAGUCUACUCACGAUGACAGUGACACAGACAAUCUGCCCUUGGCUGUGGCGAUAAUGGGCAGAGCACCGAGGCGACGGACUGUAAGCACAUGUUCUGUGUCGUCGUCUGUGUCGGCGGCCACGUCUGAAGCUGCUCCAAGCACAGGUGGCAACAAAUUUGACUGCACAAUACUCCCGAGUGAAUGCUUGGAAGAAAACCCGGCAUCUCCAGCUCUGCUGUAUGGUGUACAACACCUCCUACGGCUCUUUGUGAAACUUCCAGAGUUGCUGCAGAAAAUGGCAAUCACGAAGACUAAAGCUGGCUAUCUUGAAAACUUUUUGAACGGUUUCGUGCACUACCUUGCAGGUCGGCACGAAGAACUUUUUCCAUCAUCUGCUUAUCGAGAUGCUGAGCAAGUUAUGGCCGAACUUGAAAAAUACAAUACUCUUGAUGAUUAAAAAUAAAGUUCAUUGUCUGUCUUGAUGAUUAACGCACAUGGCGUUGUGUAUAUAAGUCAUUGCACCCGGGUUGGGAAGUUUGCGUAACUCUGUCUUUUGUGUUGUUUCUGUGAAUAAAAUGCAUCUUUUGCCAUGUA